CUAAUAUGAACUAAGAGCUGUCGACCAAUUUACUGAUGGCGUUUUAUACCUACUUUGUGAAAACCGUUUCAUGAUAUUUUCAGUGAUACCCGCAACUUCAUGUCCAGUUCCCUCCUAAAGUCCGACUUCACACGCAAAAUAAGAGACUUUAUGUCUGGGAGUGUUUUAAAGCAGAGUUUAAUGGGUGGUAGAUUACGCGGGUGAUUUGGGGUAUCAGGCAAUUUCCUCUCCUGCGUAAAACUUGCGUCAUCGGCGCACUGGUGUCUUCUGACGUUUCUUCAAUUAACAUUUAUUAUUCAAAUCACCAUAGAUAGAGAUAGAGCCACAACUGUAGAGAUCAUGCUUGCUGGUGCCGCGUUCUUGUGUCCGAUGCCUAAAAGAGAACCAUGCUUUGGGCAGCACCGGUGUUCUCUCUAACCUACAUGCGCAGAGCAAGUAGCACAUCCCGAUAGGUAGCACAUAGGCCUAUCUACAGAACACCGGCAGGCUCCACACAGUUUACAGACAGAGGACGGCGAGUGAGGGUGAGUUGGGGAAGAAAAGAGAGUGUGAGAGAAUGGGAGAGCCCUCCCCCUCGCCAAAUGUCUCGAUGGAUCCACUCCUUCAUAACCCAACUCUUCUCCAGCCGUGCGCAGAUGGCCAAAGUGUCCAAACCGGACUGUGAAUCUGCUCAAACAGCCACGGGAUGACACAAUGAGAGCAGAUUAGAUAUUCAACUCUUUCAACCACUUCUUUGUUUUAUUUAGUGUACACUGAAAGUCAAGGUAGCUAAACACCCUCAGGCGAAAGAGCACUUGGCUACAUGUGAAUGUCUGCCGGUCUACCAGCGCACUACGCUGGUGAUGCCAUGCCGAGAAAUCACACCGGCGACGAGAGCGGCGGCACCGGGCUCUGGCUGAAGACUUCAACGGGACGCCAGGUGCAGGACUACGCACUCAACGAUGUGGAGUCUGGGCGGAGGACGAUGAAUAACGCGGUUGGAGUCGGGGACGGUCUCCUGUCUCCCGCCACGGCAGGUGCGUUGGGAUCGGAGAGGAAGCAGGGCGCCCGGCUCAGCCUGCUGGGGAAGCCGCUGACCUACAGCGCGCAGAGCGGCCGCAGGAACGCGCGCUACCGGCGGCUCCAGAAUUACCUCUACAACGUGUUGGAGAGACCAAGAGAAUGGGCUUUCGUCUACCACGCUUUUGUGUUCAUCCUGGUCUUUGGAUGUCUUGUUCUUUCUGUGUUUUCCACCAUUCCUGCUCACCAGGAAUUCUCCACACACUGUCUGCUCAUCCUGGAGUUUGUGAUGAUUGUAGUGUUUGGUCUGGAGUAUAUCAUCAGGAUAUGGAGUGCUGGCUGCUGCUGCCGCUACCGAGGCUGGCAGGGACGCCUCCGCUUCGCCAGGAAACCGUUCUGUGUCAUUGACAUCAUCGUACUUAUCGCCUCAGUUGCUGUGGUUUCAGCCGGUAGCCAGGGUAACAUCUUUGCCACCUCUGCGCUGCGUAGCCUUCGUUUCCUUCAGAUCCUGCGCAUGGUGCGCAUGGACCGCAGGGGAGGGACCUGGAAGCUGCUGGGAUCUGUAGUUUAUGCACAUAGUAAGGAGCUGGUGACUGCCUGGUAUAUUGGGUUCCUGGUGUUAAUCUUCUCCUCCUUUUUGGUCUAUCUGGUGGAGAAAGAAGUCAAUCAGGACUUUGCCACCUACGCCGACGCUCUGUGGUGGGGCACGAUCACCCUUACAACCAUUGGCUACGGUGACAAGACUCCGCAGACGUGGACCGGGCGGUUAUUAUCUGCCUGUUUUGCUCUGCUGGGGAUCUCCUUCUUUGCCUUGCCAGCUGGGAUCCUAGGGUCAGGUUUUGCCCUGAAGGUGCAAGAGCAGCAUCGACAGAAGCACUUUGAAAAGAGGAGGAACCCAGCUGCCAGCCUCAUCCAGUGUGUCUGGCGUAGUUAUGCUGCUGAUGAGAACUCGGUUUCCAUUGCUACCUGGAAGCCUCAUUUGAAGGCGUUGCAUACCUGCAGCCCCGCCAAGAAAGAGCAGGGCGAGACUACUUACAGUCAGAAGUUGAGUUUUAAGGAGCGGGUCCGGCUGGCGAGUCCUCGUGGUCAGAGCAUGAAGAGCAGGCAGACGUCCAUCAACGACCGCCAACGCUGUUCCCCUGGCAACGACGUGGUAGGCGGCAGCGAGCUGAUGGGUGGGAGCCCGGCCAAAGUGCAGAAGAGCUGGAGCUUCAACGACCGGACCCGGUUUAGGCCGUCACUGAGGUUGAAGAGCCAGACUCGCACUGCUGUCCCAGAUGUGGACACAGGAAUGACCACAGAGGAGUCCUUUGAUGAGAGAGGCUGCCAUUGUGAUGUUACAGUGGAGGAUUUAUCAGCUCCCCUCAAGGCUGUCAUCAGAGCUGUCAGGAUCAUGAAGUUCCACGUGGCAAAAAAGAAGUUUAAGGAAACAUUGCGUCCAUACGACGUGAAGGAUGUCAUAGAGCAGUACUCAGCAGGACACCUGGACAUGCUCUGUCGCAUCAAGAGUCUUCAGACUAGAUUAGACACUGUAGUGGGUCCCCCUCCAAGGCCUUUCAGCAGCCGCUUCAAGACCUUUUCCUCUCCCUCUCUGCAUUUAUAUUACAGCCAUUCCCGAAGGAAACAGUCUGUACCGGGACUGGCCAGUGCAGCGGGCUCUGGUCCCAGCCUGAAUAGCCGACCCAGGAACAUGUCCUCUCCUGCCCUGCACUAUUAUUACAGCAACAACAGGAAGAAGCUCCCUGACUCAGGGGUGGAUCAGAUUCUGGGAAAAGGCCAUGUUCCUGUGGAUAAGAAGAUGAGGGACAAACUUCACCCAGAUGGAGACACUCUGGAGGGCAUGAGCAUGCUAGGACGUGUGUGUAAGGUGGAGAGACAGGUAACUUCCAUUGAAUCAAAGUUGGAUUCUUUGCUGGACGUUUACCGCCAUGUUCUACAGAAAGGACCCUCAGCACUCACCCUCUCGUCCCUUCCACUGUUUGAGCUAGACAACCACCAGCACCACAACUCGGACUACCAGCCCUCCAUCAUCGGUAGGGAUCUCCCCUCCCCCCAGGGAGGUGAUCCGGUUGGAGGUGGAGGAGAUAACAGUGGGGGCUUACGCCGUUCUCUUAGCGCCAACCCGAGAGGCCUGCGGCUCAUCCUGCCACCCGCCGAUGAUGACGGCCCUCCAGACUCAGCACCUCCAUCCUACCCCCCGUCCACAGCCUCACUCUCACCAUCACCCCUACUGCCUCCCGAUAGCCCCUACCCAACCUUGGUCACCCCCAAUGGUACCACCAAAAGAGCACACUUCCAUGACCUGCCUCCCCCACCUCCCUCAACAGGGGGUUUCACCCUCCGGCUGCCUCCCAUUUUGCACCCCUCCCAUCUCCGAUGCCCCGUUGACCCCGUCUCAGAUGAAAUGACAGAUGAAAUGACAGAUGGAAUGGCGGCGGAUGAAGGGAGCCUGGGCACCUCUGUUGUUGUGGGAUCCAGUGUGGAUGCUGAGCAGGAAGGGGACAGUGAGGCUGGCCCUGCCCAGGGAAGGGUGCAGCUGCGGGAGAAGCCUGGCUUGAAAUCUGAAGGGGUCUGGAGGAGGCACAUGAGCCUGGAGGUUAACCCCCUGCUGUUGCUCUCAUCUUGUCCAGAUGGGACGCCGUCAGACUGGGAGAGCAGUCUCGGGAAGUCCCUCUCUGUGCACAACCUCAGCCAGUCUUUGACCAACCAUGCUCCAGGCCUCUCCUCAGCACUCAACAACAGCAGCAGCAGCAGCAACGGUAGCGUACCUUGCAAUGCCCACGGUGACCUUAGCAACUGGGAUGGAGCAGAACUCUUCAUUAGUGAGUGCAAACUACAGCCAGCGGAAGAACAUUUCAACUUCCUGUCCCAGGGACCUGACAGCAACGCCUCAGACCUUUUACAGACUGUGGAGGAGGCUGCACCUCACGCCAAGGGAAAUUCAGAGUUUCUCAGUCAGUCCCCACACAUACAGCUGGCAUAACCACCCACACACACACUGACACAUGCUCACAUACUGUAUGUACACACCAUGGUUAUAGGAAACCAGUAUUUUCUACAGGACACUACUAUGUUGCAAAUGUCUAAUUGAUGCCUUGUACAUGGAAAUACAAUGUUUUUAUUUUAUUUUUUUGAUUAACAUGAUUGUGUCCAUAUUAUGGAGUUAAACAAUUCCAUAGUACAAUGGUGUAUAACAUAUCUAUGAAAGUGGGCAUAUUCACAAAAUAUGCUUGUGACAAAAUACACAAAAUAUACACAAAUCAAAAUAUCCUUGGUUUAAAAGAAGUUACUUGGAUCUUUAUCUUCAGAUUCAGAAAUGAUAAUUUCAUUAACUUUAUACAAAAGGUCAUGUUUUUCAUAUACAAGAUCAUAUAUUAAAAAAAGAUCAAAUGUAAUUUAAUGUAAAAUUUUAAAAAACAAGGAAGGAAUGUUGCCUACUAGACAUCAGAGUGUAUAAGCAAAUCAAUUAAUCAAUUAAUUUGGUUAUAAUUUCUUUAUUAUACCUUUAUUUUACCAGCCAAGUUAAUUAAGAACAGUUUCUUAUUUACAAUAACAGCCUGGCAGGAGACAAAGGCCUCUUGUGGGUUACUGGGAUUAAAUAAAAACAAUAAUUAAUUUGGUUCAUCACAAAACAAUUGUUAACUUUGUUUUCAAGGUAAUUUCCAGCAGUCCUACAUUUUAACUCAGUCUGAACCCAACCUGAAACCAAAGGACCUACUUUGGGCUCAUCGCUGAAACAAGUGGGAGUGUAACUUUUUAUUGUAAAAUGAAAGGAUAUGUCAUCUUUGACUUUGACAAUUAAAUUGAGUAAAGAAAACUAGAAGGAAAUACUGUAAGGUUUUUUAAUAACCAAACAUAGUUGUAAGUUACAAACGUGUAGUUGAGCCUCAAACAAGGCAGGUCAACCAGUUCUUUCUUAACAUGUUGUUCAGCCGAUACACACGGGUACAUCCACACACAUACAAUCACUCUUUCACAAACACGGACACUGACAUACACAACCACAGAGUACCCUGAGAAGAGCCAACUUGACAAAGAGCUGAGAUUGACUAUUCACUUAUUUUUUCAUACAAGUGCUUGUAUUCAGAGACUUUAUUGGAAGAAGAGUAGAGUCACUCACUCUCCUUAUUAUUGUCUGUCUUUGGCAAUGUAAAAUGUCACCUUUUACUUAUUUUUUCAUACAUAUCACUGUAUGGACUGUUUCUAGAAAACAAAUGAAUGACUGAUGGGUGGGACCUGGUGUGAUGGAAAUAGCUGAAUUAUGAAAGAGCUCAAGGUCACACUUGGUUUGGACAGCAUCCUGGUGAGGUAGUUGCCAAUAGUCUGAAUGUUGAAUUGCUUUUCAAAGGGGCUUUCCAGCCAAACAUGAAAUGCUGCAUGUCUAAGGUGUUGUGAUAAUUAAAGUCAAGAGCAGUCACACGCUAGCUGGUGACCUUUAAUAAAAAAGUACGAACAAA